AUGGAGGACAAGGUGCUGGACUACCACGAUACCUUGCUCCGAGUACGUGACGUCUGCCUUCUCACCGGUCCAAACUGGCUCAACGACGCCAUCUUGGGGUUCUACUUCUCAUUCCUCCAGAAGGACAAGUACGCCAGCUUACGACGCUCGGUUAGCUUCGUGGACGCAUCGGUUAGCUUCCUGGUGGCAAACGUGGCAGAAGGAGAUGUCGCGGAGAUCUUGGAGCCCCUCGGGUUGCAAAGCAGGCAGAUCGUACUAUUCUCCGUGUCCAACAACGAGGACGUGGAGGUGCCGGAGGGAGGGAGUCACUGGAGCCUGCUUGUGUUCAGGAAGGGCGAGCGAGGCGGGAUGGACACAUUCGAGCACUACGACUCGGCGGGGGCCGUGAACGAGCGAGCGGCGUCGGGUCUCGUCGCGGCGGUCGCGCCCUACCUUUGCAACUCCAGGCGGCACAAGUUUACGAGCUCGCCAGCGGCUACGCCCCGACAGGAUAAUGGUCACGACUGUGGAUUGUACGUGCUGGCCGUGGCGGACGCGGUGUGCAGCGCCCACGAGCUCAGUCAGUCCGGGAACGUUGACGAAGAGUCGACAUUGACGCGUAAACUCGGAAAGAUAACCCCGGGGUUCAUCGCUGACUUUCGGCUCGAGCUCCUUGACCUGGUCGAGGAGCUCUCGUCUGGAAUGGACACAGGGACUGCGACGACGCUGGACACCGCAUCGUCGCUCGAACAUUGCGAAUACAUAGCGUAG